UCUACAAAGAAGAAACUAAGGAAGAAUAUCUUGCAGAAGUUUGCUGUGGAAUAAAGCCUGUCAACAAAUAUUUUGUGAAGGAUGGCAUGGGGAACAAGGUCUUCGGUAUUCUUGAGGACAGCGAGUGUUGUGACAGGUCUUUCUGUGCUAGUGGACGUUCUUUCAUAAUGAAUGUUACAGACAACUCAAAUCAAGAGGUCAUCAGACUGCUGCACCCGUCUGCUUGCUGCUACGGCAGCCAUGAGCUGGAGGUUCAGUCUCCACCAGGCACUACAAUUGGAUAUGUUCGAAAAAACUGGCAUUGUUGCCUAUCGAAAUUUACUGUUGAAAAUGAACGAGGUGAACCAGCAUUUAAGAUUGAGAGACCAUUUGUAGGUUGUACCUGCUGCACGGAUCAAAACUUUGAGCUGCUGUCUUUGAAUGAGGAAGUGACAGAAAGAUCAUUUGGCAAAAUCAUCAAACCUUUCUCAUGCUGUGGAUCAAAUGCAGAUUUUGUGUUGAGGUUUCCAAGCAACCUGGAUGUCAAAAUGAAAGCUACUCUACUGGGGGCCUGCAUACUUAUUGACUCUGUGAAUUAUCACACGUCACAUGGUGAACCGCUCUUGUGUACCUCCAUAUCAUUGGCAUUCAGCUAUUGGAAAAUGUCCUAGGUGGG